GCACAUGACAGCAUAACAAAUGAUGGUCCAAACUUCUUGGUGGGGAGGGGCCAACCUGUGACUCCCAUCAGUAAUCCCCUCAGUGUUGACGUCAGCCACGCUGCCUCCUCCACCGGGACGCGGUGGGUGAGUGUUGGAGCAGAGCAGGCUGCGGUCAGUGUGCAUCCCAGGACGCGACGACACUGUAGCUGGAGCUCAACUUCUCAGCUCAUCGCUUUUCGCUUCGUGCCCGUUCGGAAACUUUUGACAACAAUGGGUUGCUUUGAGUGCUGCAUCAAAUGUUUAGGUGGCGUGCCGUAUGCAUCACUGGUUGCUACGAUCCUCUGCUUCUCUGGUGUGGCCCUGUUCUGCGGAUGUGGCCAUGUGGCGCUCAAUGGCACUGUGACCAUCCUGGAAACCUUCUUCUCCACAGUCAGAACUGACCAUGCUAUGCUCACUGACAUAAUACAGCUGAUGCAGUACGUCAUCUACGGCAUUGCUUCGUUUUUCUUCCUGUAUGGAAUCAUUCUGCUCGCCGAGGGAUUCUACACAACCAGUGCCGUCAAGGAACUGCACAGCGAGUUCAAGACCACCAUCUGUGGACGCUGCAUCAGUGGAAUGUUUGUGUUCCUCACGUACAUCCUGGGUGUAGCCUGGCUCGGCGUAUUUGGCUUCUCAGCUGUACCUGUCUUCCUCUUCUACAACAUUUGGGCUACCUGUAACACCAUGAAGUCCCCAAUGGCCAACAUUACAAACUUAGACUCCUUCUGUGUGGAUGUUCGUCAGUACGGAAUUAUCCCAUGGAACGCCACACCAGGAAAGGCUUGCGGAUCUUCUCUUAUUACUGUCUGCGACAGCAAUGAGUUCUACCUAUCUUACCACCUGUACAUCGUGGCAUGCGCUGGUGCAGGAGCCACUGUGAUCGCCUUGAUCCACUACCUCAUGAUUCUCUCAGCAAACUGGGCCUACCUUAAGGAUGCCAGUCAAAUGCAUGCCUACCAAGACAUCAAAAUGAAGGAGGAACGGGAGCUGCAGGACAUCACCUCGCGCUCCAAGGAAUGCCUCAAUUCCUACACAUAAGGAUGUCGCACGCUUACAGGAAACAAAGCAAAACAAACAAACAAACAAACAAAAAAAAAUGCAUCAACGCAGAUACGCUUACGAACACUAUGGCCAAACACUACAGGCUGUCUUUCUGGACCAACACUCCGCUAGUAUAACCUGCCAACUCUGUGCAGUACUAACCUGGCUCCUAACAAACUAAUCCACAAGAGCUGCUUUCUGCACUAACUCACCAAGAAGUGUUUCAGGAGUGCUACAUCUUUUCAUUUUCUGUUUUGUAGGGAAAUGCAGUGUAGUUCUGAUAUUCAUGCAGUUGAUUUUGAUGUUUUCUAGCCCUUUCUACAACCAGUCUCUGCUGGUGAAUGUUAAGACGUUGCACUAUUCUCACACAGCGAAUAACAGUUUGUUUUUACUCUCUGUUAUGCUCCUUCUUUUGACCCUUUGUUGUAAAGUUUCGGUUUGAUGACAUGUUCUUUUGUCGGAUUUCAAAUAAAAAAACAUGCUAAUGAUUUGUACACAAUAAGGAAGGCCUUAUGUCCAAUUUCAGUAAGUGUUUUCAAACUCUAGUCUUGCAUUGCUGAAAUUGUAGCAUUAAGAACAUUAAACAUAGGCAGUUAUACAAGCUCUGUAAUAGUAAAUAGGGUUCACAAGAUCAAUACACGCAUAUUUCGCUGGGUAACCAUCUUAGUUGCCAAUCAUUUAAGGGUGAAUUAGUUUGGAUUGUAGUUCCAUUAGCAUGUUCGGAACAACAAUCGCCUACAUUAACACUACCUCAGGUGUGCACUAGAACUCAUAGACAACAUUAAAAAUGUAAUUUUGAUCAGAAAUGGAGCAACAUAACCAUUCACUGAACCUGAUUAAAUCCUCUUCAUGGUGUUAAUUAGAAUUAUUUCUUACACUUAUUACAUGAAUGGUGUAAAAUAUAAUCUGAAUACAUGUAACAUCUAUAAAAUUUGGUUCAUUUGAAUAAAAUUUGAUGAAAAUAAAACAACAACCUGUUUCCAAUGAUAUGAUGCUAAGAUCUUCCUCAGUAAAUAGUUGUGUAUUGUACAUGAGUACAAAACAAAUGUUUACUGUUUUCUGCUUAAGCUCCUGUAACAUAAAUAAAACUGUCACACAUAACACUGCAUUUGAAAGCAGCCAGAGUUUCAGUUUUAAGCAAUGUAAAUAUGCUAUAAUUAACUUUUUUGGUGUCUGAUUUUAAAAAUUGAAACCUCGUAUUAACGAUUUUCUUAAAUUGCAUUUCUUUUAAAUGUGCAAUUUUUGAUAUAAUUACUCGUGUAAUCUUUUUGCUUUUAGUGAAGUUACAGGGAUUAUUUGAUGUCCUGUUGCAUGAAAACCAUUGUUUCUGCAGAGACACGUGUGAUGUACAGUUAGGUAUACUGACAUCAGUAGUAGGCAGUGUUUGCCCUUUUUAACUGAAUAGAUAUUACUUCCUUUUACAUAGCUAACUAGUUAUCAAUAUUUUUAGACUGUCUUUUUAAUUUUUUUUCUUUUUUGCAUGUUAAUGCAGAUGUUUUUUUUUUUUUUUUUUUACAAAUGUCAAGGGCUUCCUCAAGAUUUCCUAAAAAUAAACAAAAUCAGUUGAAAAAAAUUUUUUUAAAGCAAAUGUAGCCAAAGUGUUGAAGCCAAUGCUGUCCAAUGUGUAAAACGGUAUCCUGUGAAAUUAAAGUAUUUGUUUCAUGGUAACUAGAUAGCUGUACAGUGGCAAAGCUGAGAAAUGUGUCGCAUGCAACGCCUUGCGAAAUAAUUUAUACCCCUUAAACUUUACCACAUAUUGUGAUGUAAAAACCACAAACCUCAUGGUACUUUAUUUCUAUAGAAUACAACCAACACAUAACAAUGACUUUCUUUUUGCCACUUUUACAUAAAGGCCAGAUUUGUAGAGUACACAGCUAACAACAGAUUGUUCCACCUAAGCUAUGGCUCUCUGCAGCUCCUCCACAGGUACCAUGGACUUCCUGUCUCAUUUCUGAAUACCACUCUCUUUGCCUGUCCUGUCAAUAUGUAUGGAUAUAUUGACAGGACUUGGUAUAAUGCAGAGAAUAAUCAACCCACUUCUUCCAUUUCAUAGCAAACCAUUACUUUGUCGGUCUGUCAUAUAAAAUCUCAAUUAAAGACAAUUAAGGUUUGUAGUUGUAACUGGGCCAAAUGUGGAAAGGUUGAAGAAGUAUGGAUUAUUUUGCAAGGUAUACUACUACAUCAUAAUAAUGUACAUGACCUUUGAUUGUUUGUGUUCCAUACUGAAUUAACCAAAAAAAACAAUUAAAUGUUUAUGAAUCACCAGGAGGACAUCAAUCAAUCAACUAAUCAAUGAGCACCAUGUCUAACUGGAAACACAGCUCAACUGGCCUGAUGACUGUUUUUAUGAAAAUAAAGAAAACAAAGUUA